AGGGGCUGCCGAGCACGGCUCAAUAUACGUAUGGACGCUGUCAGCGCAAGUUCGCCGGUCAGCAAACAUGCCUGCCAUCCGUGUGUCCUUCUCGAAGUGUGUACUGCUCGUGUGGACAGUUCGGUUCGUCGACGCCGCGAUUCGCGAGUCUCCCGCUAUCCGCACCGACUCCGGCCUUGUUUCUGGUGUACGUGAAACCAUCGAUGGCAGAGAAGUCGACAUGUAUUUGGGCAUUCCAUACGGCGAACCUCCCACGGAUCUUCUACGCUUCAGCAAACCCAACCCAAAGAAGCCGUGGAACGGAACGCUCCAAGCCAUCAAGAGACCUCCUCCGUGCCCGCAAACUGUUCACUACCUUACGGAUGAGGUGAGCUUCCACUACACCAAAAAUUCGGAAGACUGCCUCUAUCUUAACGUCCGGAAGCCGGCAUCUGAUUGUGAGCAGAACGUCUGUAACUCCAAGCUUCCGGUGGUUGUCUUUAUGCACGGUGGUUGCUUUCAGUGGAGUGACUCUGGUCUUUUUAUGCACGACGGUGGAAACUUCGCUGCUCUAACGAACACAAUCAUGGUUAACUUCAAUUAUCGCCUGAACGUGUUCGGAUUUCUUUCCGCGGGAAACGAGGAAGUCGCCGGAAACUGGGGCCUCUGGGAUCAGAAUCUUGUGCUGAAGUGGAUCCAGAGGAACAUUGAAAACUUCGGCGGUGAUCCAUCGGAAGUCACUAUAAUGGGUCAUAGUGCCGGUGGCAUUUCUGCUGGAUUCCACGCUGUCUCUCCGGAGAGUGUAGGUCUCUUUAAGAGGAUGAUUCUGCAAAGCGGCAGCCCCAUGAACGCCAUCGCCAGCCUCUCGGCCCGUUCUGUUGGAAGCGUCAUGGAACUUGGUGCAGAUUUGGCGUGCGAAGGGGUGCGAGAACGGAAACUGCAUGUAGUCAUGGACUGUCUGAGGCACCGGGACAAGAACUUGUUGCUAGGGCAAUUGAGUGGUCUCGAUCUACGUAAGAGCCUGUAUGGACCGAUAUACGGAGACGAAUACGUUCCAGACGACCCGCUUCUGCUGAGUAGUUGGAAGAAGAAGAUUAGAAGCACAGAGAUCAUUAUUGGAACUACGUCCAACGAGGGUGCAAUGUUUCUUUAUGGUGCCAUGAAACUAGUUCCACAUCUCAGGAGUCUCCUCUCGCAAGAGUAUAGAUCGACCAUCACGAUUGCGAUUAGCACGACUCUGGGAAUUCCCAUUCGAGCUGCGAAAGAAAUUACCAGUGCAUACUUCGCCAACCUGAAGGGAGAGCUCACCGAAGACGAAAUCCUUCGAGUCCUCGGAGAAAUGCUGGGAGACGGCCUCUUCGUGUGCCCAGCUACUUUCUUCGCAGACUUUGCAUCCGAGCAAAGAAUUCCGGUAUAUAGGUAUACGUUCGACUAUCGACCCUCGUUUAGCUUCUGGCCCGACUGGUUUGAGGUUGCUCACGGCGACGAUCUCCCUUUCACUCUGGGCUCAAUAUUGUUUUACGGAGAUGAGAGCAGAUUCGAGCCAGGAAUCGGCAAGGAGGACUACGAUUUGUUCAGACAACUCAGAUACACCAGUGCAGAGAAGGAAUUUAUGAAGGCGGUGGUGGCAUCAAUGUCGGAUUUUGUCAAAACAGGAAAGCCUACAAUACCAGAAACAAAGAAAGAGUGGCCGAGAUACUCGUCUGCGAACCCGGAGUACAUAAACAUCCGACCUGGCAACACAACGAGGCAACGUGGACCAAACACUGAGAUCUGUAAGGUCUGGAGGCGUGUACUGAUGAAAAAAGAACCUGGAACUAGUACGCAGGACGCCCCAAGAAAACCAACUUCUUCUAAGACGUCAAAAAAGACUACAUCAGCCGUCGGGAAGAAGACGGAGCAACCACCCUCAACGCAUGUAUCGGGUGCCACGGAAACCUCGUAUGUCGGCCACUGCCUCACUUUGGUGUGA